CAAUAAAAGACUGCUGAUUCCAUGUAGUAUGUAGAAGAUUUGGAGGUUUUCUCGCAGUAAUAACCUGCACUGUCGUUGGGGUAAACGGUAGCAUUUAACGCUAUAUUGUUUUUCUUCUGUAGAGUGGACAGUAAUAUAAUUAGUUUCUAAAAUGACUUGGUCCGUAAGCAGUUGUUUCAUUACUCUGGUCGUUCUGUUCCUCUGGCGGGUCGAUGAAAUCACAGAAGCUUGCACUUGCAUGACUGUACAUCCUCAACGGGCUUUUUGCAAUGCAGACGUCGUGAUCAGGGCAAAGGUGGUUGGCGUGAAAGCUGUGUCUCGUAACACCAACUAUGACGUCAAACAGAUCGAGAUGUUCAAAGGUCCUUACCAGGAUAUCCACGUCAUCUCCACUGGAGGCCCGUGUCGCGCUUUUCUGGAAAUCAACAAGGAGUAUCUCUUCACAGGCAGGCUGAAUACUGAUGGAACAGUGCAUGUAAUAAUGUGUGACUUCAUUCAGCCCUGGGGUGCUUUGAGUGACACACAAAUGAGGAGCUUGACUCUGCGCUACCAAAGCGGCUGUGAUUGCACGAUCAUCCGCUGCACUUCCCUUCCCUGUCCAAUCAGCACCUCAGAUGAGUGCCUGUGGAUGGACAUUGGCCAAAGCGGACCCUGGGACAAUUACAUUGCCUGUAUCAAGGGGGAUGAUGGAUCCUGUGCCUGGUAAAAGGGGGUGGCACCGCCCAAGUAGUUUCUGGAUAUUGAUGACCCCUAAACUUUACAGGCCAUCUACUCACAGGAAAAAAGCUACCAACCCAAAUAAUUAUGAUUAAAUUAAUCUAGGAAGUAGUUUCUAACAAUUACAAGACCUAUAUUGAUUUGUCAAGUUGUGUUGUCAGAGGACAGGUUGCAGGAAAUGGUCAAUGUGAAAGAGGGCAACAAUCUUAUGAAAAUGUCACUUGUUGUAAAAAAAUGAACUACAAAUAAAGUACUUCAAGUACU